AUGCGCCGCGUGAAAGAUUUCAUGACCCCGGCGUCGCGAUGCGUCACCGCGUCCACGGAUAGCGCGUUGGAGAGCGUCGUGCACAGUAUGGUGUACGAUUCAUCGGUCGGAUGCGUCGUCGUGCUCGAUCCGAACGGAGACGGGACCCCGCGUGGGAUCAUCACCAAGAGCGACGCGUUGGAGUGGUUUCUCCAAAGAAUUCCGCUCGAGACGACGUGCGCGCUGGUGAUGAACGCGAACGUGACGUGCGCGAGUCCGAUGAUGACCGCCGAGGAGGUCGGAGCGCUGCUCACGCGGAAGCGCGUGCAUCACUUGGCGGUGACGGACGACGACGGCGCGUUCGCGGGCGUCGCGAGCUCGUGGGACGUCGCGCGCGAGUGCGGACGACGAUGGACGCUCCCGUUUUGGGACGAGUACCUCGAUCGCGUCGCGUCCAGACGCCGCGCGGGUUCACCGAACGCACACACCGACGCCGCCGCGAGCGCGUGA